GAAUCAUAAUAACGUUUCUCGUUCUAGAGUCCAUCGCCAGAGCAUCUGAACACACGGGCGGCGAAGGCCGCCGACAAGGGCUAACAGGUGCGUUCGCUUCUCGCUUCUCUCUUCUCUUCGUCUCCAAGUCGCCACUACUUUGGCUUCCCUCCGCUGCGCCGCCUCCAGGGUUCCCAACCGCGAUUGCUCCGCUUUCUGGGCGUCCAUACGCCAGCUCAAAGGACAAUCAGGGUUCAAGAGCACAAAAAAUGGUGUCGCCAUCAAGGGAUCAAGUUCUCUGUCUCUUCCGGUCACUGCUAAGGGCAGCUCGUGACUUUCCAGACUACAACAUACGUGAAUACACAAAGCGCCGGACCAUUGACUCCUUUCGGCAACAAAAAGCCCUCUCAGACUCUUCUCAAGUCGCCGCAGCCUUCUCUGAUGGCAAGGCACAGCUCGAGACUGCCAAACGCCAGGCCCUUGUCUAUGGUCUCUAUGCCCCCAAGAUGAAGAGUGUUAUGGAACUAAACCACUGACUCUGAGCACUUCAUUUUGGCGUAGCUGUGGGUUCAUUUCCAGAAUGAUGUGAUGAAACACUACUUUCCCCUUGGAUGUAUCUGCACUUUUUCCCCAUAUGUUCAUGUGAUAUUUCUACCUGCAUUACUUCCAUUCAAAUCCCAAUACAUUGUCCAUAAUCAUCAUCAAUGAAUUGUCACUUUAUGGAGUAGAAAAUUAUUAUUUUUGUACAUCAAUCGGUGUACCCCAUGUCGUACACCGUCCAAUAUUUUUGUACCCAUCGACAAAAACAUAGUUUUACAAUGUUCAUGAGAGUGAUCAAAGACAUUGCACAAACAACUUUUGUCGAUAUGGAAACAAAAAAGCUUGCAGCGGACACUUUUCUGAAUCGAAAUUGAUAUGGAAAUAAAUGCCCUCUUCCUCCAAAGAAAGAGGUGGGUUUGAU